CGGGCUGCUGAUGAGGGGUUUGUUUGGGUUUAAAGAGUCGCCUAGUGAUCGCUGAAGAGGAAGAAUAUUACAGAUUUACAGCGGAUGUGAUGUCAUGUGUUUGUGGUGAUGUGUCAGAUCACUGAAUAAAGCGCCUCAGCUUGAUCCCCGUCAUGGAGUUCUGCUUUGGAAACAUCGUGUUUAGUUCCCGCUUUGACUCUGGGAAUCUGGCCCGUGUGGAGAGAGUGGAUGGAUCAGAAGCGGACGGCGAGAGCAGCAGACCCCCUAAUACUUCAGUGCCGACACAACCUGACUAUGAGUUCAAUGUCUGGACCAAACCUGACUGCGCCAAUACAGAGUUUGAAAACAGCAACCGGUCCUGGUUCUACUUCAGUGUUCGAGGGAUGCCGCCUGGGAAACUGCUGAAGGUUAAUGUGAUGAAUAUGAAUAAACAGAGUAAACUGUACUCUCAGGGCAUGACUCCGCUCGUCCGCUCGGUGCCGGUCAAAACACGCUGGGAGAGGGUUCGAGAGAGACCAUCAUUUGAGGUGUCAGACAGUCAGUUCAUCUUGUCUUUUGUUCAUCGUCUGCUGGACGUUCGGGGGGUCACAACAUAUUUUUCCUUCUGUUAUCCAUUCUCAUACACUGAGUGUCAGGAUAUGUUGCUCCAACUGGACCAGAAGUUCAUCAGCAACACACACACACUGGGACCCUGCAGUCCAGUAGACAGCAUUUACUACCACAGAGAGCUGUUGUGUUACUCUCUGGAUGGAAACAGAGUUGAUCUCAUCACGGUCUCAUCGUGCCAUGGGCUGCUGGAGGAGAGAGAACCACGGCUGGACAGACUGUUCCCGGACCUCAGCAGCCCACGACCUCACCGCUUCACCAGCAAACGGGUGUUUGUUCUGAGCAGUAGGGUUCAUCCGGGUGAGACGCCGUCUAGUUUUGUUUUCAAUGGUUUUCUGAACUUCAUCACAAGUCAGGAUGAUCCACGUGCUCAGAUGCUCCGCCGGAUGUUCGUCUUUAAACUCAUUCCCAUGCUGAAUCCUGACGGGGUCGUCAGGGGUCACUACAGGACGGACUCGCGCGGUGUGAAUCUGAACAGACAGUACGUGAAUCCCAGUCCAGAUCUGCAUCCCUCCAUUUACGGUGCCAAAUCUCUCCUGCUCUACCACCACAUACACAACCGCACGAGCAACUGCGCUCCCUCCGCCCUCAAACCCUCCCACCAGUCCAACACCACCUCUCCUCUGACCACACCCUCUGAACCAGAGCACUCUCUCAACCUCCGAAACGAGGCAGAGCUGGGCGACGGGCCCACGCUGGACUUGUCAGAGAUCCCCAUGCAGUUGGAGGAGAGCUGGGAGAAGGGCGGAGUUGAGCUGGAGGCAGGGCCCUGCGACGAGAACGAAUCGAUGCUGUGCCAAGGUGAAGCACCGGCUGUGUGGAACCCCGCCCCCUCUGAGCAGAUCCCGCCCCAGGAGAGCGGAGUGGCUUAUUACAUAGACCUGCACGGCCACGCCUCCAAGAGAGGAUGCUUCAUGUACGGCAACAACCUGACGGAUGAGAACCAGCAGGUGGAGAACAUCUUGUAUCCCAAGCUCAUCUCACUCAACUGCGCUCAUUUCGACUUCCUCGGCUGCAAUUUCUCUGAGAAGAACAUGUACACACGAGACAAACGUGACGGCCAAUCAAAAGAAGGCAGUGGGCGUGUGGCCAUUCACAAAAGCAUCGGGCUGGUCCACAGUUACACACUGGAGUGCAAUUAUAACACAGGCCGCUCGGUCAACACCAUCCCACCCGCCUGUCACGACAACGGGCGAGCCACACCCCCUCCACCACCCACCUUCCCUCCCAAAUACACACCUGAGGUGUACGAACAGGUGGGGCGAGCGGUUGCCAUAGCAGCGCUGGACAUGGCGCAGUGUAACCCGUGGCCGCGGUUGGUUCUGUCUGAGCACAGCAGUCUGGUGAACCUGCGGGCGUCAAUCCUCAAACAGGUGAGGAACAGCAAGGGUCUGGCCGCCGGCAACCGCAGGAACACCAAGAACACCGUCCCACCCAAAGCAGCGUUGAGCAGCUCGGCUUCAGAGAACUCCCUCAACCGCUCGCGCAGUAACGCAAACGUCACAGGAAACAAGCAGACGUCUCCUCAGCUCAAGAGCUCCCCGAGCUUCACAUUCGGCUGCAGCGCUCCUCCUGGCACACAGCGGGCUCCUCACGGGACUCUGGGACCCGUCCGAGAGUGUAAAGCUCAAGAAAAAAGACGUCCCCAGCACCAGCGCCUUCCCCUCCAUCAGCCACCCCCCGCACGCACCCCGCUCUCACCCUCAUCCCCGCAUUCCUCUUCUUCGGGUCCCUGCUCCAUCAGUGUGUCAGGCAACAGCUGCCCUGAGACCCGGCCAGUGGAUCAGAAGAAAGAUUUUCCUGUGCGGUGUGUCAAGGCGUUCCAACAGAAGAAGCCAAUCACAGCACAGGAACAGCAACAGGACCAUAUGACCUCAUCGAUAGAGUACAGCAGGUGUGAGCUGCAGCCACGACCCAGUCGCAUCCCGGUACGGAGCACAGCCCCCCCUCUGACGGGUGGUCUCGAGACACCCGCCCUGAAGGUGUGGAAACUCAUCAAACCUGGAAUCAAAAAACACCUGGCAGGAGUGUCUGGGAAAGAUGCUUCUUCUCUGCGUCUGGCCACUAAAGCACUGAUGAAGAAUUCUGCUUGUAGAGAUCAGAGAUCUGGAGACGCCAGCAAACAAACACACACAAACAGUGUUUUUCAUUUCACCAGAUCACUGCAGACCUAAGACUGGACUAAAGGUCUUUCAGUUCCCUUUAGUGUCACGAACAGACGUCAUGAACAGAAAGUGUUUGUCAACCUACCUGAUCUAUAACCAUAACGCUACAAUAACCUGUAAUAGGCAAUCUGUCUGUUAUUGUCUAAAAUGUGAAUUUGUGGUUUGAAGUGGGACUUCAAUGCUUGUAUUGUAUUUUUAAAGAGUUUUCUUUUUUAAUAAAAUUGUGGUGCUGCU